GCGGUCACCCAUAGCAUGCCGAGCAGCAAGCGGCAAAAGCUCAUCUCCUUGACCAAGGUCAAAAAAGCCGGUAGAAAGCACAAAGAAUCACUCGUUGAAACAAUUCAUGAAUGCCUGGAUAAGUAUUCGCACGUUUAUGCAUUGUCGUUGGAAAACAUGAGGACAAGCUUGUUGAAGGAUCUCCGUCAGAAAUUUGCAGAGGACCGGUUUGUCAUGGGGAAGCAGAAUGUUAUGGCGUUGGCAUUGGGCAGAAGUCCGGAGGAGGAAACCAAGGAGAAUCUUCACCAAGUCACCCAACAUCUGAAUGGCACAACAGCAUUAUUCUUUAGCUCUCGUCCACAAACAGAAAUCACAAGCUUCUUUGACAAGUACCAAGAGAGUGACUUCGCCAAAGGUGGAGUGGAAGCGACGGAGGACUAUGAGAUCCAGGCUGGACCCCUCCCCUUCCAGCACACCAUGGUCGAGCCCCUGAGAAAGCUUGGGCUGCCAGUUAUGCUCAAGAAUGGGACGGUGAUGUGCGAGAAGGAUCACACCGUGUGCAAGAAGGGAGUCGUCCUUACCCCUGAGCAGGCUCAAGUUCUUAAAUUGUUAGGGGAGAAGCAAGCAAUCUUCAAACCCGAGCUGAAAUGUGUAUGGCAUGAUGGGACCUACGCAGCAUUCGAGUGAUACGGCAGCUGAUUCUCGAUGCUUUCUGAUUCUACUCACAGUAGUAGGAAUGUGUGAUAUAUAUAGUUAGAAAUAACUU